AUGAUAUCGGAAGAUUAUGUACAUAAUCAACAAAAUGCACUUUUUGAGUGCAAUAUGCAUAGCACUCUCGUCAAUGCUACAGCUGCUGCUUUGUUUUGCUGUGCUUGUUUCCUUCCUUCCUCUUUGGUUAAAUCGAAAUCAACAACAAGCAAAGCUAAGAAGGAUGAACAAAGUAGACAGGAUGGAUGA